AUCCCGGGUGGAGGACUCACUUUGAAACGGGACUUGAGACAGUUGAACGUGGAUGCUGCUGCUCAGGAAAUGCUUUGUGGACUCUUGUUAGUAAUCUGACUUCUCUCGGGGAUCUCUUGUUGAUCUGAACACCGCGCGUGAGAGGAAGAGAAGUCCGUGGAAUAUCAGAACACAUCUCUCGUGCGCCGCCGGGAUGCUCGGGACAAGUCACUUCUCUGUGACAGCAGCAGCAGUUGUUGUGCUGCUGCCGUGUGUCUUCUCCUUCAACGUGGACCAGAAGAACGGUUUGUCCUUCAGCGGCCCGCUGGAGGACAUGUUUGGCUACACCGUCCAGCAGUUUGAGAACAGCGAGGGGAAAUGGGUUCUGAUUGGAUCGCCGCUGUCGGGCCAGCCGUCCAAACGGACCGGAGACGUCUACAAGUGUCCCGUGGGGAGGGGGGACAACACGUGCGUCAAACUGGAGCUGCCUAAAAACACAACAGUUCCCAACUUACAUGAAGUGAAGGAGAACAUGACCAUGGGAAGCACGCUGGUGACCAAUCCCAACGGAGGGUUUCUGGCGUGUGGUCCUCAGUAUGGCUACAUGUGUGGGCAGCAGCAGUACAUCUCAGGAGUUUGUGCGAAUGUCAGCGAUUCCUUCCAGAUCCUCAACUCCGUGGCACCGGCCGUGCAAGAGUGUGCGAAGGAGCUGGACAUCGUGAUAGUUCUGGAUGGAUCCAACAGUAUCUACCCCUGGCCCAGUAUCAUCGACUUCCUGAAACGUUUCAUCGAGAACAUUGUGAUCGGACCUAAACUCUCACAGGUGGGGAUCGUGUCGUAUGGUGAGACCGUGACUCACCGUGUCAAUCUGAGUCAGUUCGACAACACUCACGACCUGCUGGAGUUUGUGGAAGAACUUCCUCAGCAAACCGGUUUGAACACCUUGACGUUCCUGGGCAUCGACACAGCCAGGAAGGAGGCCUUCAUGCCGGAGCGUGGUGCACGACCCGGGGUGAAGAAGGUCAUGGUGAUCGUGACUGACGGAGAGUCGCAUGACUUCCACAGGAUGGACAAGGUCAUCGGAGACUGUGAAGAUGAGGACAUCGAGAGGUUUGGCAUCGCUGUGUUGGGAGACUACAAUCGUCAGAACAAGAGUGCACAACAAAUGCAGAACUUCAUCAAGGAGAUUGAAUCCAUCUCCAGUCAGCCGCUACACGACCACUUCUUCAACGUGUCCGAUGAGGUGGCGCUGUUGACCAUUGUGGACGCUUUGGGAAGCAAGAUCUUCGCCUUGGAAGCGACAACCGGCAAUUUCACCUCCUCCUUUGAGAUGGAGAUGUCCCAGGCUGGCUUCAGUGCGCACUCUUCUAAAGACGGAGUGUUACUGGGAGCCGUGGGAGCGUAUGACUGGAACGGGACCGUGGUGAUGCACACGGCUGCAGGAACCAUCAUUCCAGGGAAGACCCAGUUCUACGACCCAGAGACGGAGGCCGGGUACGAAGGACUCGCCGGGUACCUCGGUUAUGAUGUUCAGUCAGCAUCCACCCCUGAAGGAGUUCUGUACAUCACGGGUGCACCGCGGUACAACCACACAGGCCGGGUUGUUAUCUAUCGUCUGAAUGAAAAGAACCAAAUUGUCGUCUUACAGAUCCUGAAAGGAGAACAGAUCGGUUCCUACUUCGGCAGCGUCCUGCAGACUGUCGACGUGGACGGAGAUUCCUACACAGAUCUCCUCUUGGUCGGAGCUCCAAUGUACAUGGGCACGGAAAAAAACGAGCAGGGACAAGUUUACGUCUACAAACUCAACAAGGACGACCAGUUUGAGCACAAGUUCACUUUAAAGCCUGUCAAUCAGUCGUGCUGUACUGCCCACUCAGAAAGCUGCACUAAUAAAAAUGAACCAUGUGGUGCCCGGUUUGGAACGGCCAUCGCAGCGGUAUCAGAUCUCAACCUCGACGGGUUUAAUGACGUGGCUAUCGGUGCACCUCUUGAGAACGACCACCGAGGGGCCGUGUAUAUCUAUCAUGGAGAGAAGACGUCACUGAAAGAGAAGUUUGUACAGCACAUCCCUGCAGGUGGAGAUGGUGUAAAGGUGAAAUUCUUCGGUCAGUCCAUACAUGGAGUCAUGGAUCUGAAUGGAGAUGGAAUCACUGAUGUUACCAUAGGAGGUCUGGGCGGGGCGUCACUGUUCUGGUCCAGAGAUGUUGCAGAGCUCCGUGCCAACAUGACCUUUGACCCCGUUAAAAUCAACCUGCAGCAGACUCAGUAUCAGUGUGAGCAUGGUGGACGCAAAUCUGUGUGCGUGACUACUGAGGUGUGUUUCGUGUACAGUAUCAAAUCUGACAAGCAGGACGUGAACGCGGCUGCAGAGAUCCGCUACAGUCUGACUCUGGACGCUCUGCGUGCGAAAGCAAGAGCAUCAUUUAUUGACUCUGACGACAAGAGUGAUCGUAGGAUUACCAGGAGCUUCAACAUCAUGGACCGAGAGAGGAAAUGUGCGCCUGUAACCUUCAUGAUGUCGGCCCGGCUGGACUUCCGAGACCCUCUCAUGGUGUCUUUGGAGUUUGGACUCACUGAUGAAGACGAAGGCCCCGUCCUGGAUGAAAACCUUCCCAGAUCCAUCAAUAAGACAAUUCCCCUGGUGGACUGUGGGAGUGAUGAGAAGUGCAUCGCUGACCUCUCGCUCAAAGCCGAGCCUAGCGUCAAAAAAAUGAUGAUCCGAACAAACAAAGACAAGAUCGACGUGAACAUCAACGUUAGAAACAGCAAAGACAACGCGUACAACACGAAAGUUCUCCUCAGCUUCACCCCCAACGUCAACUAUGUUAAAGUAGAGCCGGAGAAGGCGUGCACGCUGAAUCACACCAAGCUGGAGUGUGCUGUUGGAUACCCCUUCUUGGGAAGCAACGUGGAGGAAAACCUCAAAGUCAGAUUUGAGGUAAAUCCUAAACACAUCCAGGAAGUGAUUCAAAUCAACGUGACGGCCACAAGUGACAGUGAAGAGCUGGAUUCAACCCUGCACGACAACACGGUGCAGAUCUCCAUCCCUGUGAAGUAUGAAGCUGGACUCAUAUUCUCAGUGCGGCCCGUGGACGAACACAUCGUAGUGAAAGAGGGUGAACAGUUUUCCACUUCAUUCAAUGAGACCAGGAUGCUCGGAGAGGAGGUCAACAUCAGCUACACGGUGGAGAAGUCGGGCGAGAUGGUGAAUCCUCCGCUGGACCUCACAGUGAUGUAUCCGCACCUGUCGCCUCGGAAGAACAACUUACUGUACCUGACACGCGUCACCACCAGCCCACAGGUGGAAUGUGACGCAGCUCAUUGGAUCAACCCUCAACAGAUUAACCCGGAGGUUGUUCUUCCGAAUCCAAAGAAAGAGACUCUGAGCGUCUUCCUGCUGAGCUGUGAAAACCUGUACUGUGCAUCAUUCAGCUGCUCCAUCCCCGAAGCGACGAUCAGUCAGGUCAACGUCACCUUCCGAGUGUGGAAACCUACGUUCAUCAAGGGCGAGUUCUCCAGUCUGCACAUGUUGGUGAACGCAACGCUGAGCAUCAAAAACACCGACCUGUUUGAACUGAGCAGCAGUGACAGCACCAGAAGUGUGAAGAUCCAGGUGUCGAAGGAGAUCUUGGGAGGAAUCUCCAUUUGGAUCAUCAUCAUCAGCAUCCUGAUAGGACUGCUGAUCUUAGCACUUGUCAUCUUCGCUCUCUGGAAGAUGGGCUUCUUCAAAAGAAAAUCCAGAGAUUACUCAAAGGAGGAAAUGAUGGACUGAGGUAUCCAGACAUCCAGCAGCUCUGUGCUGCUCCCACAGACAUCAGGUCGCACCGAGUGACAGGCAGACUUUUACACCGACGGAGGAGACGCCAUAAGACCCACAGACACCUUGGUGCUACGACAUAGUGACGACCUGGAAAACUAAGUUACCAUUCACUGUUUCCCGUGCAGGCCUGGGUCAAAUAAUGUUUGCAAAUACUUCCCAACCCUUGUGCUUUGAUGCUUGGAGCACGAGGUUCAGAUGCUCUCGUACACAGAGAGGGCUUCACUCGCCGCGCUUGAAGUAUCCCCAAAUAAUAUUUGUUCUAGAUCAGCUUCUCUCUUGCAGAUUUACAGCAUCACGUCAGGUCAAAGAGUUCAAGAAGAGGAGCCAGGGAAGAAACCAUCAGUAUAUCUGUAUUACAUACAGCUGUUUUACAAAACCACAAGAGCUGCGAUCCAGCUUUAGAGGGAAAAAGCACUCAGGUUUUUCUGUAUGAAGAUCCAAAGUCGCCUCACAUACUUUCUUUGUCAUCAUAGCAACAAAGUCCAAAGGUCUAUUCGCUUCUGAGACAAUAUGUGAAUGUGCGUUGGAGCCGCCCGUCUGAUCGCUUAGACGCUCGUUUUAAAGCUGAUGUGCUUGAUUGGUUUUAUACGGAAGCACUGAGAGGGAAGUGAGAAACAGUCUUGUUUACUCUCCUGUUUGUGACUUCAGAACAUGUGGAAGAAGAUAAUAUUUCAUCUAAGUGUCUGUUGUUGUAAUUCUCAUUUAGGCCACUAGAGGCUGAAGUGCACCACGGCCACAUGGUCUAAAUAGGACUCAAAGCAUUAUUGUUUUUCUCCAUGCAUUCUAAACACGAGGUAAAUAUACAAUUAUUAUCUUUUUUCACCUCCCAAAACUUUGUUUCGCAGUUGUUUAAUAGAGGUUUUAAAUGAAUGAAGAAUUUACCUUUUUUCCACCUGUUCUUAAGUAUUUACUUCAGUUUGUCUCACCUGCCUCUCAGGGCGUCCGUACUUUAUGAAACACUGUACCUUUUAGCAUUUUGUUUUUGUUUGGUAUUAUUUGCUGAAUUUGAACAUAUAACACGGCACAUCCUUCAUUUCAAGAUGUUUGUUAAAGACACUGACCUGAGGUGCAGUCUGUAUGCUUUUAUUUUUUUAACACUUUUACUUCGUUAAGCAAUUCAACAACAAGAAAUCCGAAGCUAAAUGUUUGUAGCUUGUGUCACGUGGUGGAAGCUGCGCCUUCAAAAUAAAUCCAAAACUUUGAUUGUAAUGUAAAUAUAAGUAAAUGCUCAAAAAUGUACAUAAUUGUGCUAUAAUUCAUGUAAUUUAAAAAUAAAUGUUGUGGUCAGAGAUUAUUUUGUAUCAUGAAUGAUGACAUUAACUUUUGACACAUAAGAACAGGAUCUGGCCUAUCUCACAAUUUCAAAGCUGAUGCAAAUAUGUAAAUAUUGUUAUAUUUUGAUGAGAAAAUGAAAGUAUAAUUACUCUGUGCUGAAGAUGAGGGUUUGUAUCCACUGCUUUGGUUUUACUGUGUUGAGGAGAGAUACGUCUGUAGCAUAUUUUUGCAUAUUUUACCUAAUUUAGUCCAAUAUAGACAUAAAUGUGUCAGCAGUCAGCAUACAUGAAAUGGGAUUCACUGGUAGCUUGUGUGUAGACUACAACAUGUACACAACGCAAAGUUAUUCUUCCUUUCCGUGUUUGUUUCCAGAAGUUGCACAGCGACACAACGUGUUAAAAGAGAUUAUAUUGCACAUUGUGGAGACUGUGUUUUGAUAUUGAAAUACUGCUCAGCUCUCACUCUCCACUGUUGAAGCACAUGUAAUAAAUUGUAUGUACAGAAUGUGUAACUUGUUUGGCUACGUCAGGCUUAUGCACGAGGGUGGAGUCGCGUUGUGAGCUCCGCCCCGGCCUUCUACACUGCUGUGAAGUCUUCAUUGUAAUGCACUGGUUUGUCAGACUGUAUGCGUCCUCAUCAGCACGGAAAUCAACUGAAUCUUAUGUACAAAAAUAAAAUCUUUUUACGAAA